AUGAGGCUCUCGUGGGCCUCGGCCGCCCUGGCGCUUGUGUGCGGAAGCGCUAGUGCUAUUCCUGCGGCGAGCCAGAACGACGCGCUCGCUGCGAUCGCAGACGUUCCUCUCAAUUCUACAAUCCGACCUUCGAGCGACAGCGGCCGCGUCCAUACGUUUUCAACGGCUGUAACUGGGACUUAUAAGAACAAUCUUUACUUCACGAAUUGGGGUAUCUACGGAGCCAACUUCCAACCUCAAGACAUUCCGGCCGGAGAAAUCACCCACGUUCUCUACUCUUUGCUGAUAUCGCCGCCGAUGGCACAGUCGACGGAAGAAGGGCGACGAAAGUUUGCUUCAAGCGCCGUCAGGCUCGUGGCUGACUGGGGAUUCGACGGCUUGGAUAUCGAUUGGGAGUAUCCGCAAGAUGCGGUCGAGGCGGAGAACCUUGUGAAGCUGCUGCAAACCUGCCGUGAAGCUCUCGAUGCGUACUCGGCCGAGCACGCGGGCGGAUAUCACUUCCUCAUCACUGUUGCCUGCCCUGCCGGUGCGCAAAAUUACAACACGCUCCUUCUGGAGGCUAUGGACCCCCUGCUGGAUGCGUGGCACUUGAUGGCGUAUGACUAUGCCGGUGCGUGGGACUCGACAACCGGACACCAGGCCAAUGUGUACCCAGACCCCAACAAUGCAGCGGCGACCAAGUUCAGCACCGAGGUAGCCAUCAACGCCUACCUCCAGCGCGGCAUCCCCGCGGACAAGCUGAUGAUGGGAAUUCCCCUUUACGGCCGCUCGUUCAUGAACACGCAGGGCAUGGGCAUGCCCUAUAGCGGGAUCGGCCCCGGGUCCAUCGAGGAUGGCAUCUGGCUCUACAAGGACCUGCCGCGUCCCGGCGCCCAGGAAGUUUGGGACGAUGUCGUCAGCGCGGCCUACAGCUACGACGGGUCAAGCCAAGAGCUCGUGACCUACGACACGAUUACGAGCACGUCACGCAAGGCCGAGUGGUUGAUCGAAAAGGGCCUCGGAGGCGCAGUGUUCUGGGAGGCUAGCGGGGAUCGAAAGGGAUCGGAUAGCUUGGUUACAACGCUGGCCAACACGAUGAUUAGCCUCGAUGGAAGCCUGAACCUUUUAUCAUACCCUGAUAGCAUAUACGACAAUAUCAGGAACGGAAUGGAAUGA